GGUGCCUUUCCUUCUCUUCGCGUUGUGCAGCAGCUGGUCUAGCAUCGUGCUCGUAGUUGAACCGGACGUUUCCUCGACAAAUUCUUAUAAAACUUACGCAAAAAUGGCUUUCGGAGAUGUAAAGACCCCCAAAGGACUGCAGGAACUGAACAACUUCUUAGCAGAGCACAGUUACAUCGAGGGUUACGUCCCGUCCAAAGCCGAUUUGUCGGUGUUUGAAGCUCUGGGAAAGGCUCCAGCCGGUGAUAACGUCCACGCUCAGCGCUGGUACCGUCACAUCGCCUCAUUCAGCGUCCAGGAGCGUGCAGCUUGGGGAGGACAAGCACUGCCUCAGGUUGCCGGUUCUAAGCCAACAGUGGCCGAGCCGGCCCCGGCUUCGGCUGCUAACGAUGACGACGAUGUGGACCUGUUCGGAUCGGAGGAUGAGGAGGAAAGUGCCGAAGCGGCCAAGUUGAAGGAAGAGCGUUUGGCUGCCUACAAUGCCAAAAAGUCGAAGAAACCGGUGCUGAUUGCCAAGAGUUCCAUCAUACUCGAUGUGAAGCCCUGGGACGAUGAGACCGACAUGGAGCAGAUGGAAACCUCAGUGCGUAGCAUCGAGAUGGAUGGUCUGCUUUGGGGAGCCGCCAAGCUGGUCCCGGUCGGUUACGGUAUCAACAAGUUGCAGAUCUGUUGUGUCAUCGAAGAUGACAAGGUUUCCGUGGAUGAACUGCAGGAGAAGAUUCAGGACUUCGAAGACUUUGUACAGUCGGUUGAUAUUGCAGCUUUCAACAAAAUUUAAGCAAGUGCUUGUGACUGUUCCAGUAAUCACAAAAUGAAAGUAACUUCCAAUGCUCUGUCUGUUUUACUAACUCCAAAAUAAAAAAAAUACUUGUAACUAAUUUAUACAGAAAA